AUGAAGUUUCAUCAGUUGAGAUUGAAGGAUGUCUCGUAUUCAAAUACAUAAUUAAAGCAAGAAGAGGGUCAAAUAAGAUCAGAGAUAGGAAACUUAAGUACAUCUAGAGUAAAUAAAGAUUCAAAUAAUAAUAGGCAAAAGGAGCUGUAAUAAAACAGUUCAUAACAGAAGAUAAUGAUACUGGGAGAUCAUGUAACAAUGAGAAGGACUUAUUUAGGAAGAUGUAGAAUUUAGAAUUUUAGAAUGGACUAUUUUAAAUGCAGAUGUAAAAAAGAUUUUAAUAAUGUUAAUAGGUAACACAUCCACAAGAGAAAGAAUUUAGAGGAUUAUACUAUAAGAUAACAAUUAACAUAGAUAUAAUAAGACAUAUAGAGUAUACAACAUAGAGUUUAAUCAGUAAAUGUUAAUAAUGAUAAAAUGAUCGUUAAGAAUAAAAGCAGUAGAAAGAAGAUUAAAUUAAGUUCAUCAUCAAGUAGUAGUGAAGAUCUAUCAGCAUUAUCAAGAGGAUUUAAUUAUAGAAAUAAGUAUAAAUUUUAUAGAAUAAAGCUAGGAUUAAAUGCUUUAAAACUAUAAAGAAUUAUUUGAAGUUUGUAAUGGACAUGAAAAAUUGAGUGGCUUAUUUUAAAAUUAUUGUGGAACCAUUAAGACAAUUGAAAUAGAUAUUGUUCAUUAGAAUUUCUAAUUACUAAUAUAGUAAUUAAUUAAGAUGAUGAUUGAUAUCUUAAGAAGAUUUAGUUAGAUUAAAAUAGAUUAACUAAAGAAUACUCCAGAUAAAUAAUAAUAUAAUUUUGAAUUUGGAACUUUCAAUAAGGAAUAAAAGAAGACUUUAAGAACAACAGAAAGCCCUUCUUUUAAGAAGAAUUAAGAUUUAGAAGAAAUGAAAUUAAAAUUAAAUGAUCAUUAUGAUAAAUAUGAAUAAGAAAAAGAAAACAAAAGUUAUGAAAUAAAUAAAAAAUAAGAAUAAAAUUAAUAGAAUCAAAAAAAAUAAAUACUUAAUAAUAAUAAUAAUAUUAAUAAUAAUAAUAAUAAUAAUAAUAAUAAAUAAAGGAUUGAUUUAAUACCAAGUUUAAAAAAGAAAGGAAAACUUAGAUAAUAAUAAUAAAAUAAUAUUUGA